GGACUAACGUGGCUCCUCGUGCCGUCUUGUAAUUUUAUACAUAUCAAAGUUUUUUUAAUACAAUUAAAAGUGAUGUUAGUGAAUUGUAAUUAAAAACUUAGUGCAAUAGUAAUAAACAUGAAGUGUCAAAUAGCUGUAUUGUGUUUGUCCCUUCUGUGGAGUUACGUAGUUUCAGAAUCAUGCAAGACGCCACUCGGGGUUACGAGCAAAUGUGUUUCGCUGUACGAUUGCAAGGAACUAGUCAGCGCGUUUGAGACUCGGCCCUUGCCAAGUUCUGUCGUCAGUUUCCUUAGACAGUCUCAGUGCGGGUUCGAGGGCUACGUGCCACGGGUCUGCUGCGGACCCAUUCCCUCUACGAGGCCUACUACUACGGUGCCUCCCCCGCGGACAACAAAGGCGCCUGUUGCUCCUGGAGUAAUAGACCCCGUGGUUCCAGAGGACUCGUAUCCGGCGCCACAGGACAAGUGCGGCAUUGAUACAAACGGAGAUCGAAUUUAUGGCGGACAAUUCACAGAUUUAGAUGAAUACCCGUGGAUGAUACUUAUGGGAUACUUAACAAAGGAAGGAAAGAUGUCUUAUCAAUGUGGAGGAGUUUUGGUAAACAAUCGAUAUGGGCUGACUGCUGCUCACUGCGUCGUUGGUGAAAUAGAAAGUGCCGUCGGAAAACUGAAAUCUGCUCGUUUGGGUGAAUAUGACAUUCAAAGUGAAAUCGACUGCAUUGACAAAGAAUGCGCGGACCCCUACCAAGAAGUCCCCAUUAUGUCAACAUUCCCCCACCCUGGUUUUGUUGACGGAAAAAUUAACAGGGAAGAUGAUAUUGCUGUUGUAAGAUUCUCUCAGCGCGUUAAAUACAAUUACUUCGUGCAACCUAUUUGCUUGGUAGAUCCCAAUUUGCGUCUCGCUGAAGGCUCUGACGUGUACGUUGCUGGUUGGGGAAAAACCUUACUCGGAACUCGCAGUCCAGUAAAACUAAAGCUCGGCAUGCCGAUAUUCAAUAAAUCGAAAUGUUUCGAGAAAUACAAGAAGGUCGGCGCGGAAUUAACUGAUAAACAGAUCUGUGCUGGUGGUGCGUUCGCUGAAGACGCUUGCCGAGGGGAUUCUGGAGGGCCGUUGAUGAGGAGAAGACCAAAUGGUGUUUGGGAAUCAGUGGGUGUUGUCUCCUUUGGAUAUGGCUGUGGUCGAGAUGGAUGGCCCGGCGUCUACUCAUCGGUCGCCAAAUACUUGCCUUGGAUUAAGGAAACGAUACGCUCUUCAAACGUUUAAAUUAAAAAAAUAUUACGUCAUAUACGUAAUUGUAUGAUGAAACAAUUUCCUGUAUAGUACAUGAAUUAACAAUACCUUCCGUAUAACGUGCUAAGAAGUUAGUCUUAAUAAAAAUAUGAAAAGAUUA